UCGGUGCUGCAGUCGUUCCUGGAUGCUAUACAAACCAGCAUCAGGUACAUUCUGGUCAUUUCCGGCAUCGGAGCGCUCAUUGCAUUCCUCUGCGGUUCUAAGAAUCCAAAGGAGGUAAGAGAAGUGCAGCAAUCGACUUGAAGUGACAUCAGAUCCUCUUCCACUCGGCAGCGAUAAAGUGCCGAAGAAGCAUGUAAUAAGCAAGGAACAUGAUAUACAGUGAUAGAUACGUAAAUAGAACCCCUGGUAUUCGAUGUAAGAUGUGCGUGUGAUUGGAUGGAUACACCGAGGAUAACAGAUAGCCGAGGUCAAUGAUUACAAGAACACAUUGCUAUAUAUACGUACACUCCCGCAGUUUAACUCGUUUAACGACGUCAAAAUGUCAUUCAAGUCUUUACUUUACAGCAAGUCUGGCGAUGGAAAGGUCGCCUACAUCACCUUAAACCGUCCGAACCAGCACAAUGCGAUCGACCAGCACAUGCCCCUCGAGAUACGCACCGCUGUGCAGACUGCCAAUGCUGACCCUGACGUGCACUGCAUUGUACUAAAAGGCAACGGUCGCGGGUUCUGCGGUGGCUACGACCUCGAUAUUUACGCUGCAAACGCCCAGCGUGGAGAGACUGAGGGCAGUCAGGACCUCUCUCGCGGGUAUGAGCCAUUCCAGGACUAUCUGACCAUGAAGGAAUGCACAGACUGCUAUUCGGAGCUGUUUCGCAGCCACAAGCCUACGAUCGCGCAAGUCCACGGGGCGGCUGUCGCGGGGGGGAGUGAUAUUGCGCUGUGUUGUGACAUGGUUGUCAUGGCCGACGACGCGAGAAUUGGAUAUCCACCGAGUCGGGUCUGGGGAUGUCCGACCACAGCAAUGUGGGCGUAUCGCAUUGGGCCGGAGAAGGCGAAGAGGAUGCUUUUUACUGGGGAUCUUGUCAGUGGCGCUGAAGCUGAAUCUAUGGGUCUUGUUCUCAAGGCUGUUCCAUCUACACAGCUGGAGGAGACGGUCAGGCUUCUUACGGACCGGAUCAAGUCUGUGUCUAUCAAUCAGCUUUGGAUGCAGAAGCAGGUUAUCAAUAGUACGAUUGAGGGGACGAUUUCAGGAUCACAAAGGCUAGCGACCGUCUUUGAUGGCAUCACGAGAAACUCGCCAGAAGGUAUACAGUUUCAGCAACUGGCACAAGAAAAGGGCUUCAAAGCAGCAAUAUCGGUCAGAGAUGAGCCAGGGCGAAGUGAAGAAUAUAGAAAGAAGUGGAAGAGUGUACUUUAACUAGUUAUGUAU